UCCAAGAUUGUCUGGACUCUAAUAUAAAAGAACAUAGAGAUUCUUGUUCAAGAAAUGUUAUCAACCUGAAACAUUCGUCCACUCCCAAUAAAUCUGAAUCAUCUAACAAUAGUCAACGGUCAGAUGAUCAGUUUAUCCGAUUACAAGCGAAUCCAAUCUUAAAAAUUCUGUGACGGCAUCAGGUUGGGAGGAUAAAAGAUUGGCUUAUGGUUUGGGAUACAGCGUACACGAUGAAAGCAAAGUAUAUUAUUGGUUGAAGGAUAUAGAACUAAAAGCCAAAAUGAAUGGAAACACUUUUUAUGAUUUUUGUGCAUCUAAUUAUAUUGUAACAAAUGAUCUGGUUUGUAAUGUUAAAGAACAAACAAAAGGUUAUGCUAAAAAUAUAUAUGUCACUAAAAAAAUUGGCGUAACAAAGUACAGAGAAAAUCUAAAUUUAACUUUAAAAAAGAAUGCUUAUUUUGUGCUUAAUAAUUGCAAAGGGGAUGACUGGGACGAAGAAAAGUUUUUGGUUUCUAAACGGCAAAUUUUGCCUAGAAAAAUUUGUUUGACCAAGCAAAGUAAAAAUCAAAAUCUUAUAUUGCAAAAGGAUGUUUGUUAUAUGCUUAAUAAUUGCAAAGAGAGUGAAUGGGAUAAAGCAAUUUUUUUGGUUUUUAUAAAGAAAUUUGGGCCAAGAAAAAUUAGUUUGACAAAUCACAGUUUAAAACUAAAUUUCACUUAAAAAAAAAAUGUUUGUUAUUUUCUUGAUAAUUGCAAAGUUAAUUAUUGUGAUGAAGAACAGUUUUAUUUUAUUGAAUACAAAUUUUUAUCAUAAAUAAAUUAAACAAAUUUAGCACCAAAAAAUUCAGUUUCUAUUCAAUUUCAAGAGACUGAAAAUUGAA